AUGAACGAUAUAAUUCGCUACAGCUAUAACAUUGGGAAAGACAAUGAAAAGUAAGUUCAUAACUCUUUUGUAAAAAGAUGCAUCAUAAAUCAAAGUUGUUAUUAGUUAUCACUAAACCUAAAGGAAUGUUUACUUUGCUCGGCCCGUUUUCUUUACAGGUCUAUUUAAAUACUACUCAAUAUGACAUUUUUUUAGAUUCCUUCAAAAACACGACCUAAACGUCACCUAUCAAUACCGUAACUCAGACGGUCAGACUCCAUAUGAACAAUUGAGAGCCAGUUUACAAGAAAUUGAAAGUUUUGAUGACAAGGGGGUUGUGUCUGUUUUGUCACCAAAAUUAUUUAAUAUUCUACCAGAAGGUUCUCUUGAUCCGGAAUCCAAACGAUGGCUGUCACCUAAUAUGUUAAGCUUUCAAGAUGAAGGCAUGAUUCCUAUUCCUAAAUUGUUUAAGGUAAGAUAUACUUUUAUUACCCUACUCUACUCUUCUCUAUCCUACGGUACUUUAGCUACCGUGCUUUACUUCACACUACCCUACCCUAAGCAAAAUGCCAUUUUCAGUGGAGCCAAUCCGAUGACUGUGAAACCCAACGUUGGAUUGAUCUUCUAUUAGACCUGACUGGUGCAUCCAACCUUCUAAAUGGGCAUGUAAAAAAGUUUGACAGACAUAUGAAGGUAGUCAAAGACAAGCUACAUCCACGAAUACAACAACUCCAAAAGAUUGAAGAAGAAAUGGCAGACAUUCGAAGCCUAAUCACUGAUCAUCAACAAGAACAGAUGGCACGGUACGGCUACGCGGAUAUGACUCCAGAACAACUGGAGCUGGCGUACGGUGAGCACGGUGUACAUCCGAUGAACGUGAAUUUGGAAGAAGAGUUCAAAGAGCAAGACUUUUAUUUGGAAAAAGCGAUUCGAAUGUUGGCUGAAUUGACUCCAGAUGAGCUGAUGGAAAUGGCUCAGAAUGAAAAGUUUAAGCAAGAAGAUAGUAUUGUAGAUCAUGGGGAAUACACUAAAGAUUAUAAACAAAGUGGCAGUGGCAAAAAAAAUUCAAAAUUGAACAAUGAACGCCAGAAAAAUGCUUCUACAGAAGAACAUAUUAGAGUCAAAAGAAGACCACCAAUUUUCGAUAUGCGACUACUAGAUCCAUUUGCUUUUGAUCCACGUAUCAAUACCCCAAACUUCUUGGGCAGUUAUAUACUGUCACCGUAUGCUUUCUACCUUACUCUUUUUGCACCGUACGUUUUGGGGGUAAGUAAUUUUUACCCUAGCUUAUCAUUGUCUUACCUUUGCUCUGCUCUUGCAUACUAUCUUAAACAUAAUUUUCGUUGUCUUAACCUACACUAGCUUAACCUUCGCUUUACCCUAACCCUGCCCUAGCUUUUUACUUGCCUUACUUUUGUUUUACUUAUGCUAUACUCUAGUCUUUCUCUAUUCCCAUCUUUACCCUAGUCUCAGUCUCAUCACUUCUAGCCCAUGCCCUAACUAUGCCCUAACAAUAACUCAUGGCAUGCUUUAGCCUUAUCCUAACAUUAACUACUCUCUAGCCCUAUACUAUUCCUUCCCUAACCCUACCAUUUUUAAAUCCUUACUCCGAUCUUAAUCUGGCCUAACUUUACUUUACGUUUACCCUAGCUCUACCUUAACCAUGUUCUAACACUACGCUUGUCAUGCCUUAUCCCUACCUUACAAGGAAGGUACCCGACCUGCAACGCUCAGAUUUCGUUCAAAUUUAUUAAAAGGUCAUGUGAAUGUAAGAUCCUAUGCAAAAUUCUAAGUUGCGGUUUGCGGCCAGAUUUGAGAAAAUUGAGAUAUAAAAGUCGAAUUUCCCGCCAAAUUGGCAUAGUGUUUUAAGCUUAUAACUUUGCCAUUUUUUGAUUUUUUUAUCAUUUUUCUAUGAUAUGCUAAUAGAAAACCUUAAAGUGAACUUACAUUUUUAAAUUUGUAAGCGUAGCUUGACUGGAAAGUCAAAAAAGUGCUUAAAACACAAUGCCAAAUUUGCCAAAUUGGCGGGGAACCCAAAUAUUUGAAAUUUAAAACUCGAAAGCGCCAGCUAAAAUUUUUUUAUGGGUACUGUUGAUAGUACAAGGAAUUCAUAUAAAAAUUUUGAGCUGAUUCUGAGAGUUGCAGGUUGGGUACUUCCCUUGUUAACCUUAUAAACGCCUUACUUUUAAAUAGCAUUGCCCUAGCCAUAUUAUAACCUUUUAUGACUUUAUUUUUCCCUUACCCUAUAACACUUUACUCUACAAUGCCCAUACAAACACUUCUACCCUCACCUAUCCUACCAAACUUUCAGAUGGAUAUGGUAUCACCCCGAGCCCUUGUAGCCAAUAUAUUUUCUCCACAAGCCCUAAUCCUCCGAGUACUAUCUCCAACAGCCCUACAAAUUGCCCUCCUCAACCCGUCUCUCCUAACAGCAUGGAUCAUCGUCCCAGAAGCUCUAAUGGCCAAAAUCUUGGCGCCAAAAGCGCUGGACGGCCGGGUUUUAGCGCCAGAAACGCUGUCUAUAACAGUGUUAAGUCCAGCAGCUGGAGUGUUGAGAGCAUGGUCACCAAACGUUAUGAAUGCGAUGGUCUUGGCACCAUCGUUUUUUACUUAUGGGAUGUUCUCUGGAAAUCGAUACAUUUUCCAAGUAUUGUCACCUGGCUUCUUUGGCAUGGAAAAUCACCCAAUUUUAAUGCCAGAACGAUCAUAA